AACUCACCUCCCGGGAAUGUGUUGCAAAAUUGAUGCGGUAGCUCUUCGUCUUCUUCCCCACUAUCCCACUAAUUUUUCCCCCUUACUUAUUGUCAACUAACCUCACAGACACAGUCCUUCUCUAGUCAGAACAGCGUCCCCCGUCUUUGAAGAAACAAAGCUUAAUUUAGAACUAGAAGCCCUUCAACAUGGUGAUCGCAUCGACAGUCAAAGAACCAGAAAACCGAGAACACUUGAACUCCACUUUUGCCUCCAGAUAUAUGCGCGACCCAAUUCCCAAGUUUAAGAUGCCGGAGAAAUCCAUACCCAAGGAAGCAGCGUAUCAGUUUAUAAGCGACGAGUUGAUGCUGGAUGGAGCACCCAGGCUCAACCUAGCGUCUUUUGUCACCACUUGGAUGGAGCCUGAGUGCGACAAGCUCAUCAUGGCCUCUCUUAACAAGAACUACGUUGACAUGGACGAGUACCCUGUUACCACUGAGCUCCAGAACCGCUGUGUGAAUAUGAUAGCUCAUCUGUUCCAUGCUCCUAUUGGAGAAGAUGAGGCUGCAGUGGGUGUGGGAACUGUGGGUUCAUCAGAAGCAAUCAUGCUGGCAGGUCUUGCUUUUAAAAGAAAAUGGCAGAUGAAGAGAAAAUCAGAAGGAAAACCAUAUGAUAAACCCAACAUAGUUACUGGAGCUAAUGUUCAGGUCUGUUGGGAAAAGUUUGCAAGGUACUUUGAGGUGGAGUUGAAGGAGGUGAAUCUAAGUGAGGGAUGUUAUGUGAUGGACCCAAAGAAAGCAGUGGAACUGGUGGAUGAGAACACCAUAUGUGUUGCAGCAAUAUUGGGGUCAACUCUGACUGGUGAGUUUGAGGACGUGAAGUUGUUGAAUGAGCUUCUUACAGAGAAGAACAAGGAGACGGGAUGGGAUACUCCAAUUCAUGUGGAUGCUGCAAGUGGAGGGUUCAUUGCCCCAUUCUUGUUCCCUGAUCUUGAGUGGGAUUUCCGAUUGCCGUUGGUGAAGAGUAUUAAUGUUAGUGGUCAUAAAUAUGGUCUUGUUUAUGCUGGUGUUGGUUGGGUUGUUUGGAGGAGUAAGGAUGACUUGCCUGAUGAUCUUGUCUUCCAUAUCAACUAUCUUGGCUCUGAUCAGCCCACUUUCACCCUCAAUUUUUCCAAAGGCUCUAGUCAAAUAAUUGCUCAAUAUUACCAGUUGAUUCGGCUUGGCUUCGAGGGUUACAAGAACAUUAUGGAGAACUGCAUGGAGUGCGCGAGAGUACUGAAGGAAGGAAUAGAGAGAAUGGGUCGGUUCAGCAUUUUGUCCAAAGACAUUGGAGUACCGGUGGUAGCCAUAUCUUUGAAAGACAGCAGCCAGCACACAGUGUUCGAGAUAUCAGACCAUCUCCGGAGGUUUGGGUGGAUCGUUCCAGCCUACUUGAUGCCACCAGAUGUGCAACACGUGGCUGUGCUGCGUGUGGUCAUCAGGGAGGACUUCAGCCGGAGCCUAGCAGAGAGACUCUUGUCUGACAUCGAAAAGGUUGUCAAGCUCUUGGAUACACUUCCUAGCCCUAUGUCCAUUAAAGCUGCUCAUCUUAGUGCCAUAGCUAAUGAGACUGAUCAUCAUAAGGCCAAGAAGAGUGAAAUGGAGAUUCAAGCGGACGUUGUGGCCUUGUGGAAGGGUCUUGUGGAAGGCAAGAGAACUGGAGCUUGCUAGGCUUCCCUCUUAUAUCUUGUUGCCUUUUAUGCUGCCUUGUUAUUUAAGAAUAAGUACGUUUUGAGUGUGUGUUGUACGUGCCUUGUGCUUUUGUGAUGGGGUUUAUUAUUACAGUAUCAUCUUGUUUCCAGUGUAAUACGUUAUAUAUUGCAGUGCUUGAGCUUCCGUGCCUUCGGCAUUGAAUAUAUACAAAUAGGGUGUUAAUCCUGUUGGGGAUGGUGGCUGGAUUGUAUUUUUUGUUGUAUAUGUAUUUAUUUGGAAUAUUUAUAUAUUUAACAAUGUUUUAGUAAUUAA